AUGUCUGCGUCGGACAUGCCUCAGUCGCCGGCCAGCGACUCCGAGCCUAAUAAUGCCGCUCUAUACGAGCACAGACGAAGACAGACUGUCACUGGUUCCCAAAUAUUGGACAACAUCGUGUCGGUCUCAAAUUUCGACAGAGAUGAAGUCGACCGGUUACGCAAACGGUUCAUGAAGCUGGACAAGGACAACAGCGGCACAAUUGAGCGAGAAGAAUUCCUGUCCCUGCCUCAGGUCUCGUCCAACCCACUUGCGACGAGAAUGAUUGCCAUCUUCGACGAGGACGGCGGCGGCGAUGUCGAUUUCGAGGAGUUCGUUCUGGGCCUGUCUGCAUUCUCUGCAAGAGGCAACAAAGAGGAGAAGUACAAGUUCGCGUUUAAGGUCUACGACAUUGAUCGAGACGGUUACAUCUCCAACGGCGAGCUUUUCAUCGUGCUCAAGAUGAUGGUGGGCAGCAAUCUCAAGGACCAGCAGUUGCAGCAGAUUGUGGACAAGACCAUUAUGGAAGCAGACAAGGACGGGGAUGGGAAGAUCAGUUUCGAAGAGUUCCAGGCUAUGGUCGAGAACACGGAUGUAAGCAUGAGCAUGACUUUGGAUCAAUUCUAG